GGAAAGCUGGAGGUGUGGCUGCGCGUGCGCAGAGCGAGCGAGACCCCGAACGCUCCGCGCGGCGCGAGAGUCGGUAGCGGCCACAGUUCGCAGAUAUUCUUUUGGCAUCAUGGAUCGGUUUGGAGAUAUCUCAGAAGGUGAAGUGGACCAUUCUUUCUUUGACAGUGAUUUUGAAGAUGCAAAGAAAUGUGAAAGUAAUUCUAUUUUUGACAAGCCAAAUGAUGAUGACCUUAAGGAAGGAAUAAAUAAGGACACCAAAAAUGUAAAGUUGAAAUUUGGAAUACAAAAUGAUGACCUUAAAGAGAAAAUAGAUAAUGACACAGAAAAUGUGAACUUGAAACUUGGAAUACAAACAAAAGAAAAUUACCUUACUCAGAAAGGAAAUGAAAGAAAAGCAAAAUUUUCUUCAAAGGAACAACAUGUAGAAAAUGAUCCUACACAAACAAGAAGUUCCUCAUUGUUGACUUCUUCAAGAUCAAAAAAAUCGUGUGAUGCCACAAAAGGACAUAAAUUACACUUGCCUGUUCCAAAUAGAAUUCCAAAAAUUGUGAAAGGUGAGGAUGAGUACUACACAGAUGGAGAGGAAAGCAGCGACGAUGGGAAGAAGUAUGUGAGGUCCAAGUCAGCCAAGCCCUCUGGGAACUUAAAAAAAAACUCGAGUAAGAAGUAUUCCAAAAUCAGUUCCUCCUCCUCUUUGUCUUCCUCGUCUUCAAGAUCAAGCUCAGACUGCUCAGAUAUAGGAUCUGACAUGCAAAAUAAAUCUGAUUCACGCUCAUCAGGGAAGCAUGUUUCUAGUGUAACCCCCUCGUCACCAAAACAGAAGUGUAAGUCAGGAAGAAAAUCAAGUGCACAGCCUUCCAGUACUAAACAAAAAACUGGUGACUAUAAUGAAUCCGAAGACAAUGUGACAGAUGUAACUCCUUUGUCAACUCCAGAUAUCAGCCCUGCCCAGUCGUUUGAGUUGGGCCAAUCACAUGAUCAAAAAGUAAAAGUUAAAAGACAAGAGAAUGUGAGCCGGGAUGUGUAUGAGGAUGUGGAGGCUUUAAAGAAUGAUUCAAGAGGUCUGAAAUCAGCCAAAAGGAAAGAAAAGCAUGGGCAGAAUCUUGCUCCCAAAUCAUCCGUGUUAGAUGCAAAUCUAGACCGUAGAUCCAAACAAAAAGUCCUACAUGACACAAUGGACCUUAAUCAUCUGUUGAAAGCUUUCCUGCAAUUAGAUAAAAAGGGACCACAGAAACAUCACUUUGAGCAGCCUUCAAUAAUACCUAGGAAAAACUACUCUUUCACAAGAGAAGAGGUGAGACAGAUUGACCGGGAAAACCAGAGGCUUUUGAAAGAACUGUCAAGACAGGCUGAAAAACCAGGAAGCAAAAGUACAAUUCCCGGAAGAUCCAUCGGCCAUCCCCCCAAGUUGUAUCAUAGUGCUCUCAACAGACAGAGGGAACAGCAAAGAAUCGAAAGAGAAAAUAUGGCUUUAUUGAAACGGCUUGAAGCUGUGAAGCCAACAGUUGGCAUGAAACGCUCUGAACAGCUGAUGGACUACCAUCGGAAUAUGAGUUACCUCAACCCUUCACCGUCCGUCCGACGAGUGAGAUCUACUCUUGGCCAUUAUAGCCCACUGAGAGGAGCUUCCAGGACAUCCAGUGCAACCAGUGGUCUCAGUUGUAAGACUGAUCGAUCAGUGUUGGAAACAUCCAGUGGCUUUUUGCUAAGACCGAAACCCCCGAAUGUUCGUACUGCUUGGUUGUAAAACCUUUUUUUAUGAUAUACAUUGUUCAUCUGUUCGUCCUAUUUUAACAAUGUAUUUUUCUGUACUACUAUAACUAUUUGCAAACAUCUAUAAUACUUUUUUUCAACAAUUUAUACAACAAUGAAUAUAAUUUAUUGUUAUUCAGUGCAAAUUGUUAUCGAAAGACACUUUGAUGUAAAAUCAGUGUUUCAUGUGGGGCAUAUUUAUAGGAGCUCUAUGUGUUUAAUAGAGGAAGGUGUUACACAUGAAUGUUUCUUCAAUAUAGAAAUUCAGUUGUUGUGCUGACAGAGCAGUGAUGACAAUCCAUGUUGAAACCAAGAUGCUCACUAUAUAGUUCAUAAUCUAUACGAUUUUCAGUUAUUGCCAGCGUUAAACAAAGAGCGUACCUGGUAAACUUAAGCAUCUCGGGCUUCUGUCUGCUUUAGAUUGUCUGUAACUCGAGUCAUCACUUGCUUAUGUGAAUGUUACACUCCUUCUGAAAAAAACCUUGAAAUUUGUUUUCAUGGAGAAGCUGAAUUAGAUUGGAAGAGGAGGGCAAGCAGCUUGUACUGGUGCAAUUCUUAAUUCACCAAAGACGCUUCUCCUUAAGAGUCUGAUUAUCCAUUCCAAACCAUUUCACACUGUGAAUAAUAGGGCUUUGCUUUAGAAGCUUCUGUUUCAUUUUUUUUUUAUGCCAUCUGGUAAAAUACUCUUAAGGAUUCUGAGGCAAGAGGUAGGCUUUAACAGCCUCAGGUCUUAUAACUUGUGACUGGUUUGUAUCCAGAUCAUUUGCGUCAUAAACAAAAGCAAGUGUUUGUUGGUUCAGUGAGCAACACUGGCAGCUUAAAGAACCAGAAGCAGACCUAGGGUCUGUUAGACCUAGGGUAUGUCUGUUAGAGCUUGUGUGUUUGAAACGAUCCUGCUAGUGCGGGCGCUGUCGUUGUGCAUUGAUUGUAUCAACAGAAGGCUUAGAGUAAGGAGGAAACGCUUUAGAGAGACCAAAUAUAAACAGGAAAGAAACUAAUCACACAUUGGUUAAAGCUACUGUCUUAAUGUUAGUGAAUUUCCUUGGUCUGGUUUGGCUGACUCCUAGACGCACUGUUCAGUCUCACAUUUAAAGGUCUGUUAAUCCUCAUGGAAUUGCUAGUGACACGUAGGUGUGAAAUAGUUGACUAUGAAAACUAGAAUAUUUUUCUGUCAACCUAGAGGCUGUUUUAUAGAACAAAGUGUGUGGUAUUUCAUAGGCAUAAACUUUUCAUUGCUGGUUUUGUCAGGAUGCCUUUAGUAGAUAUGCAUACGUUUCAUAUUCAAUGACGCAUUUUUCUGAAAAUAUGAAUUCUCCCUACCACAGUGUCAGUGCUCCAGCAGUGUGGCAUGCCACACCUGCUUCCCCCUCAUUAGCAGGAGGCCGGCUGCACUUACAAACAAACGCCAGGGCAUGAGUUGUUGGUCUUACUCUAAUAGACCGUGUCUCAGAUAGAGCAGUGAAGAUAGGGAAUAGUGAGGCCAAAAAAAAAAAAAAAAACACUAGCACAUGCAGCACACACUCAGACCGUCACACACGCACACACACACAAAAUGGAUCAGAAUACAACAUGACUGAGGGUUUUUCUGCUGCUUUUGGAGGGCUGUAAUAUUCUUUAGCAAUUUGUUUUUUUGUUCUGGUGAACAAGAUUUUAUACCUGCUUUAUAUACCCUUAGCUGUACAAAGGAUUUAUUUUGUCUUAGUUUUUAACACUGCACUUUUAUGUUUUUGUAACAACUUAAAUUUAAAAUGCAGCAUUUUGGCAUUUGCCCAGUAGUGAAUUAAUCAAUUUAAAGCAGAUUUUUGUGGAGAAAGAAAUGUGUAUAUGUAAAACCUUUUAUGUUCACAAUGGCAUUAGCCUAUGAGUACAUUUUAUUUGGUCUCCACAUUUCAUAGCUAAAGCUAGACUUUGAUUUUAAAUGCUGAUUUAUGCCUUAGCUUUUACUUUUUGAAAGAAGUUUAUCUAAGUAUUACCAAUAACAAGGAAUCAACUGCAAGCAAAAGGCACCAUCUUUUAAAAACAAUUGAGCAUGUUUUAACAUAGGUGUACAUAUAUGAUGACUGUGUAGAGAUGGGUAGGAAUUUCAAACAGAACUCACGGAUGGAUGUAAGUCAAGGAACUGUAGGGAAGGACUUAGGAGGCGUUUGCAGUGGAGCAAUCGUGAGUACAUCACUCUCUUCAGCCUCACCAGCACCUAUCUGUAGGGUUAGCACUGUCGCAUGGUUGGCUGGCUGGUCCUUACCACACACUCUUGGAAGAUCCGCGUCUGUAGCUAGUGUGCUGGUCUGCUGGCUAGUAGACAGAUCUGAGAACUGUUUUCAUCUCUGUCAGAUGUUAUCUCCUUUUCUAGUAAGUUUUUGUGAAAGAUUUCAAACUAUUAAAAUUACUUCGUAAGGAGUAGCUCCUACCUUGUGCUCCCCUCCUCUUUCAGUCUCCAUCCAAACCGCUCUCACAGCUACUCCAGUUAACUCUGCGGUUUGCUUGGAAAGUAGCAUCAUGCAGUUGUGCUCAACCCAAGUAUCAAAAACGGGCUGUGCAGCUUUGAAAGGUGAUUGUGAUAGGUCUGCUUCUCAUCUGCAGAUACAAUGCAGCAACUCCAAAGUAUUAAGAUUACAGUAAAGCUGAAGAUGCAACUUUGCCCUGGUUAGCAACGCAAAACCUGUAUCGUCAUAAAUGCCAAAGUCUUAGUGUGUAAAUGUCUAUACACCAUCACAGCGAAUGAGCUCACUGCUAAUGACUGAGUUGCUUAUUUUCAUGAAUAAAGAUUAGCAAGAAACUUUUAAACCAUCUAUUUAAAAUAUGUUCUAGUUUGUCAUAUUUUAGGCAUGAAAAACUAGCUUGGCCUACUGAAGAAAUAAAAUAUUUAAAGAGAA